AUGAGAUACGCAUUUGUUCUAGCACUAUUGAUUAUUUCACUUAUUCGUGGAGAGAGUGAACUGGAUACAUUUCUGUCAGAUAAUAUAGAAGAAGAAAAUAGUAUAGAUGCUAUUAUUAGCCAGCUUGAAAUAGUAAAUAACUAUUCCUCUGGAGAUUCAAUAUUUUUAACUGUUUUGGGAUCAGAUGAAGAUGAAGAAAUCAAAACAGGAGAUGAGCUAGGAAUAAGAGCAGGUGGCGAACCACCUCUAAAAACAGGUGAAAAGGCUGGCAAUACAAUUGUCGCGUCCACCAAAAUGAGAUUUAAAAUUCCAGAUAUGAACGCCUAA